AUGUAUUCUUCCGCAAACUUUCCCAGCAUCCUCAGUCUACAUGGAGCUACUACAUUAACUUUGACAGAUGCAAGCGGCAGUCUACAUGGAACGACUGCAGAAACUUUGACAGAUGCAAGCGGCAGUCUACAUGGAACUACUGCAGUAACUUUGACAGAUGCAAGCGGCAGUCUACAUGGAACUACUGCAGUAACUUUGACAGAUGCAAGCGGCAGUCUACAUGGAACUACUGCACAGCAGUCUACAUGGAACUACAGCAGUAACUUUGAAAGAUGCAAGCGGCAGUCUACAUGGAACUACUGCAGUAACUUUGACAGAUGCAAGCGGCAGUCUACAUGGACUACUGCAGUCGCUUUAACAUAUACCUGCGGCAGUCUACAUGGAACUACAGCAGUAACAUUGACAGAUGCAAGCGGCAAUUUACAUGGAGUUACUGCAGUAAUUUUGACAGAUGCAAGCGGCAGUCUACAUGAACCUACUGCAGUAACUUUGACAGAUGCAAGCGACAGUCUACAUGGAGCUACUGUAGUCACUUUAACAGAUACCAGCUGCAUUAUACAUGGAACUACUGCAGUCACUUUAACGUAUAAAAGCGGCAGUCUACAUGGAGCUACUGCAGUCGCUCUAACAUAUACCAGCGGCAGUCUACAUGGAGCUACUGCAGUAACUUUGACAGAUGCAAGCGGCAGUCUACAUGGAACUACUGCAGUAACUUUGACAGAUGCAAGCGACCGUCUACACGGAACUACAUGUACUGCAGUACCUUUGACAGAUGCAAGAGGCAGUCAACAUGGAACUAUAGUAGUAACUUUGAAAGAUGCAAGCGGCAGUCUACAUGGAGCUUCUGCAGUAACUUUGACAGAUGCAAGCGGCAGUCUACAUGGAGCUACUGCAGUGACUUUGACAGAUGCAAGCGGCAGUCUACAUGGAACUACUGCAGUAACUUUGACAGAUGCAAGCGGCAGUCUACAUGGAAAUACUGCAGUAACUUUGACAGAUGCAAGCGGCAGUCUACAUGGAGCUACUACAUUAACUUUGACAGAUGUAAGCGGCAGUCUACAUGGAACUACUGCAGUAACUUUGACAGAUGCAAGCUGUUGUCUACAUGGAACUACUGUAGUAACUUUGACAGAUGCAAGCGGCAGUCUACAUGGAACUACAGCAGUAGCUUUGACAGAUGCAAGUGGCAGUCUACAAGGAACUACUGCAGUAGCUUUGAAAGAUGCAAGCGACAGUCUACAUGGAACUACAGCAGUAGCUUUGACAGAUGCAAGCGGCAGUCUACAUGGAGCUUCUGCAGUAACUUUGACAGAUGCAAGCGGCAAUGCAAGCGGCAGUCUACAUAGAACUACAGCAGUAACUUUGACAGAUGCAAGCGGCAGUCUACAAGGAACUACUGCAGUAACUUUGAAAGAUGCAAGCGACAGCCUACAUGGAACUACAGCAGUAGUUUUGACAGAUGCAAGCGGCAGUCUACAUGGAGCUACUGCAGUAACUUUGACAGAUGCAAGCGGCAGUCUACAUGGAACCACUGCAGUAACUUUGACAGAUGCAAGCGGCAGUCUACAUGGUGCUACUGCAGUAACUUUGACAGAUGCAAGCGGCAGUCUACAUGGAGCUACUGCAGUCACUUUAACAUAUACCAGCAGCAAUCUACAUGGAACUACAGCAGUAACUUUGACAGAUGCAAGCGACCGUCUACACGAAACUACAUGUACUGCAGUACCUUUGACAGAUGCAAGAGGCAGUCAACAUGGAACUAUAGUAGUAACUUUGAAAGAUGCAAGCGGCAGUCUACAUGGAGCUUCUGCAGUAACUUUGACAGAUGCAAGCGGCAGUCUACAUGGAACUACAGCAGUAGCUUUGACAGAUGCAAGUGGCAGUCUACAAGGAACUACUGCAGUAGCUUUGAAAGAUGCAAGCGACAAUGCAAGCGGCAGUCUACAUAGAACUACAGCAGUAACUUUGACAGAUGCAAGCGGCAGUCUACAAGGAACUUCUGCAGUAACUUUGAAAGAUGCAAGCGACAGUCUACAUGGAACUACAGCAGUAGUUUUGACAGAUGCAAGCGGCAGUCUACAUGGAGCUACUGCAGUAACUUUGACAGAUGCAAGCGGCAGUCUACAUGGAACCACUGCAGUAACUUUGACAGAUGCAAGCGGCAGUCUACAUCGUGCUACUGCAGUAACUUUGACAGAUGCAAGCGGCAGUCUACAUGGAGCUACUGCAGUCACUUUAACAUAUACCAGCAGCAAUCUACAUGGAACUACAGCAGUAACUUUGACAGAUGCAAGCGGCAGUCUACAAGGAACUACUGCAGUAGCUUUGAAAGAUGCAAGCGACAGUCUACAUGGAACUACAGCAGUAGCUUUGACAGAUGCAAGCGGCAGUCUACAUGGAGCUUCUGCAGUAACUUUGACAGAUGCAAGCGGCAAUGCAAGCGGCAGUCUACAUAGAACUACAGCAGUAACUUUGACAGAUGCAAGCGGCAGUCUACAAGGAACUACUGCAGUAACUUUGAAAGAUGCAAGCGACAGUCUACAUGGAACUACAGCAGUAGCUUUGACAGAUGCAAGCGGCAGUCUACAUAGAGCUACUGCAGUAACUUUGACAGAUGCAAGCGGCAGUCUACAUGGAACUACUGCAGUAACUUUGACAGAUGCAAGCGGCAGUCUACAUGGUGCUACUGCAGUAACUUUGACAGAUGCAAGCGGCAGUCUACAUGGAGCUACUGCAGUCACUUUAACAGAUGCCAGCAGCAAUCUACAUGGAACUACAGCAGUAACUUUGACAGAUGCAAGCGGCAGUCUACAUGGAGCUACUGUAGUCACUUUAACAUAUACCAGCAGCAGUCUACAUGGAACUACAGCAGUAACUUUGACAGAUGCAAGCGGCUGUCUACAUGGAACUACUGCAGUAACUUUGAAAGAUGCAAGCGGCAGUCUACAUGAAACUACAGCAGUAACUUUGACAGAUGCAAGCGGCAGUCUACAUGGAACUUGUGCAGUCACUUUAACAUAUACCAGCGGCAGUCUACAUGGAGCUACUGCAGUAACUUUAACAUAUACCAGAGGCAGUCUACAUGGAACUACAGCAGUAACUUUGACAGAUGCAAGCUGCAGUCUACAUGGAGCUACUGCAGUAACUUUGACAGAUGCAGGUGGCAGUCUACAUGGAGCUACUGCAGUCACUUUAACAUGUACCAGCGGCAUUCAAUAUGAAACUACUGCUGCAGUAACUUUGAAAGAUGCAAACGGCAGUCUACACGGAACUACUGCAGUAACUUUGACAGAUGCAAGCGGCAGUCUACAUGGAACUACUGCAGUAACUUUGACAGAUGCAAGCGGCAGUCUACAUGGAACUACAGCAGUAACUUUGACAGAUGCAAGCGGCAGCAGCAGUCUACAUGGAACUACAGCAGUAACUUUGACAGAUGCAAGCGCACGUCUACAUGAAACCACUGCAGUAACUUUGACAGAUGCAAGCGACAGUCUACAUGGAACUACUGCAGUAACUUUGUCAGAUGCAAGCGACAGUCUACAAGGAACUACAGUAGUAACUUUGACAGAUGCAAGCGGCAGACUACAUGGAACUACUGCAGUAACUUUGAAAGAUGCAAGCGGCAGUCUACAUGGAACUUCUACAGUCACUUAUACCAGCGACAGUCUUCAUGGAGCUACUGCAGACACUCGGACAGUUACCAGCGGUACUCCACAUGGAGUUACUGUAGUCACUCUAACAGAUACCAGCGGCAGUCAACAUGGAGCUACUGCAGUGACUCUAACAGUUACCAGCGGCAGUCUACAUGGAGCUACUGUAGUAACUUUGACAGAUGCAAGCGGCAGUCUACAUGGAGCUACAGCAGUAACUUUGAAAGAUGCAAGUGGUAGUCUACAUGGAACUACUGCAGUAACUUUGACAGAUGCAAGCGGCAGUCUACAUGGAACUACAGCAGUAACUUUGACAGAUGCAAGCGGCAGUCUACAUGGAACUACUGCACGGCAGUCUACAUGGAACUACAGCAGUAACUUUGACAGACGCAAGCGGCAGUCUACAUGGAACUACUGCAGUAACUUAGACAGAUGCAAGCGGCAGUCUACAUGGACUACUGCAGUAACUUUGACAGAUGCAGGCAGCAGUCUACAUGGAACUACAGCAGUAACUUUGACAGAUGCAAGCGCACGUCUACAUGAAACUACUGCAGUAACUUUGACAGAUGCAAGCGACAGUCUACAUGGAACUACUGCAGUAACUUUGUCAGAUGCAAGCGACAGUCUACAAGGAACUACAGUAGUAACUUUGACAGAUGCAAGCGGCAGUCUACAUGGAACUACUGCAGUAACUUUGACAGAUGCAAGCGGCAGUCUACAUGGAACUACUGCAGUAACUUUGAAAGAUGCAAGCGGCAGUCUACAUGGAACUUCUACAGUCACUUAUACCAGCGACAGUCUUCAUGGAGCUACUGCAGACACUCGGACAGUUACCAGCGGUACUCCACAUGGAGUUACUGUAGUCACUCUAACAGAUACCAGCGGCAGUCAACAUGGAGCUACUGCAGUGACUCUAACAGUUACCAGCGGCAUUCUACAUGGAGCUACUGUAGUCACUCUAACAGACACCAGCGGCAGUCAACAUGGACCUACUGCAGUGACUCUAACAGUUACUAGUAGCAGUCUACAUGGAACUACUGCAGUCACUCGAACAGUUACCACCGGCAGUCUACAUGGAGCUACUGCGGUCACUCUAACAGAGACCAGCGGCAGUACACCUGGAGCUUCUGCAGUCAUUUUAACAGAUACCAGCGGCGGUCUACAUGGAGCUACUGCAGUCACGUUAACAGAUACCAGCGACAGUCUACAUGGAGCUACUGCAGUCACUUUAACAGAUACAUGUACCAGCGUCAGUCUACAUCGAGCUACUGCAGUCACUUUAACAGAUAUCAGCGACAGUCUACAUGGAGCUACUGCAGUCAGUCUAACAGAUACCAGCAGCAGUACACAUGGAGCUACUGCAGUCACUUUAACAGAUACCAGCGUCAGUCUACAUGGAGCUAUUUGUUAG